AUGGCACAACUCGAUACCUUGGACAUUAUCGUCCUGGCCGCUCUCCUGGUCGGCACGGUAGCCUACUUCACCAAAGGCACCUACUGGGGCGUCUAUGGGGACCCCUACGGCAGCUCCCUGGCCACGGCCAAUGGCACUGCAAAGGCUGGCAAGUCGCGCAACAUAAUAGAGAAGAUGGACGAGACGGACAAGAACUGCGUCGUCUUCUACGGUAGCCAGACAGGUACGGCUGAGGACUAUGCCUCGCGUAUAUCCAAGGAGGGCCACUCGCGCUUCGGCCUCAAGACUAUGGUGGCAGACUUGGAGGAGUACGACUUCGACAACCUCGACACCUUCCCCGAAGACAAGCUCGCCGUCUUCGUACUGGCCACCUAUGGCGAGGGCGAACCCACCGACAACGCCGUCGAGUUCUACGAGUUUAUUGGCUCCGAAGAUAUCAGCUUCUCUGAGGGUGGCAGCACCGACGACAAGCCCCUCAGCAAGCUCAACUAUGUCACAUUCGGUCUCGGAAACAACACCUACGAACACUACAACUCCAUGGUCCGCAACGUGGACAAGUACUUGACAAGGCUCGGUGCCACCCGACUGGGUGCUGCUGGCGAGGGGGACGACGGUGCAGGCACCAUGGAGGAGGAUUUCCUCGCCUGGAAGGAGCCCAUGUGGGCUGCUGUUGCCGAGAAAAUGGGUCUGGAGGAGCGCGAGGCCAUGUACGAGCCCGUCUUCGAGAUCACCGAGAGGCCAGAUCUCUCCGCCGAGGACGACACUGUUUACCUGGGUGAGCCAAAUAAGAACCACCUUGAGGGCAACCAAAAGGGACCCUUCAACGCCAACAACCCCUUCAUCGCACCCAUCGUCGAGUCUGCCGAAUUGUUCAACUCUCCAAACCGAAACUGUCUACACAUGGAAAUCAGCAUCGCUGGAUCCAACCUGUCGUACACCACUGGUGAUCACAUCGCCAUCUGGCCCAACAACGCUGGCAAGGAAGUAGACAGGCUGUUCAAAAUUCUCGGCAAGGAAGACCAGCGACACACAGUCAUUGCAGUCAAAGGUCUCGACCCUACUGCCAAGGUCCCCUUCCCGUCACCGACUACAUAUGAUGCCGCCGUUCGCUUCCAUAUUGAGAUCAACGCCGCUGUGUCUCGUCAACUCGUCUCUGUCAUUGCCCAGUUUGCACCCAACGACGACAUCAAGGCUGAAAUUGUGAAGCUGGGUAGCGACAAGGACUACUUCAAGGAACACGUUACCGACCGGAACCUCAACCUGGCACAGCUUCUCGAGAUCACCGGCAAGGGCGUGACAUGGGACAAGAUUCCCUUUUCAUUCCUCUUCGAAACCAUGGUCAAGAUCCAGCCUCGUUACUACUCCAUCUCCUCGUCGUCUCUGGUCCAGAAGGACAAGAUCUCCAUCACUGCCAUUGUCGAAUCCAUUGAGAAGCCCGGUGCACCGUACGCUCUGAAGGGUGUCACUACCAAUUACCUCUUGGCCUUGAAGCAGAAGCAACACGGAGACCCCAACCCGGAUCCUCACGGUCUGAACUACGCCAUCACCGGCCCUCGCAACAAGUACGAUGGUAUACACGUCCCGGUCCACGUCCGCCACUCCAACUUCAAGCUGCCUUCGGAUCCCUCCAAGCCCAUCAUCAUGGUCGGACCCGGUACUGGUGUCGCACCGUUCCGUGGUUUCGUCCAAGAACGAGCUGCACAAGCGAAGGCUGGUCAGAACGUGGGAAAGACUAUUCUGUUCUUUGGAUGCAGAAAGCAGUCGGAGGAUUUCAUGUACGCGGAUGAAUGGAAGCAAUACCAAGCAGACUUGGGUGACAAGUUCGAGAUGCACACCGCCUUCUCGCGAGAUGGCCCCAAGAAGAUCUACGUACAGAACAAGCUAGAGGAAGCUGGCGAAGAAGUGAACAGACUACUCGAACAAAAGGCCUACUUCUACGUCUGUGGUGACGCCGCGCACAUGGCCCGCGAGGUCAACACCCUUCUUGGAAAAAUCAUCUCCAAGUACAGGAACGUAUCGGAGACAAAGGGCGAGGAGAUUGUUAAGGCUAUGAGGGCGUCGAAUCAAUACCAAGAAGACGUCUGGUCAUGA